ACUAGUAUUAUUUUAUUUAGUCCAUCGCGUUCCUUUAAACGGGCCGCACGUGUCGCGAAUCUAAGACAUAACUUACGCGCGGCAAAAACCUGUAUCUUCGCUCUCAUAAAUUAGUGUUAUUGAAGUAUUCAUGAUUUGUUAUAAAUAAGUCAAAUGUUACAUUCCUAAUUAAUGUGAUUCCUAUGGAAUGUUUUGUUAAAAUGUGAAGUGUUAUGUUAUUAUUAUAAAAAUGACUGUUUAAUUAUCUGGGUUUUGCAAAUUAGUGUUAACAUUGACGUUUACAAUGUAUUUUUGGAAGCUUCAAGUACCGGCUGUCUGCUUUUUUCUGCUCGUUAGGAGAUCAUCACAAGCGGAUGAUGAGAGGCACGGGGUGUCUUUCGAGCUGGGUAAUACGGAUAUCACCAGGUUCACAUACAAGACCCUCCACCAGGCGGGGUUCAGGCUUCAUCACGUCGAACAUAUAACCAUCAUGAACGCGCCUAAGUUAAAAUACAUAGCUGUAGAAGAUUUCUCCAAAAUGCCCAGGUUAAAAUCAUUGUAUAUAACGCAAGCCCCGAUGUUGGAGAAAGUGGAUCCGCUGCCAACGAUGCUGGAAUUACGCACCGUUAUCAUAACUUCAUCUGGCCUAACAGAGGUGCCCAAUUUGAGUCGAGUGCAUCCAGUGAAAAAUGACUCGAUCCCGUAUCUGCAGGCCGUAGACCUCGACGGAAACCAAAUUAAGCGCAUACCGGCGCACGCGCUGCGUAUCCGGGCCGAUCAAGUAUCUAUCAAUUACAACAUGAUCGAAGAUAUUCCUGCUUUCGCAUUCAAAUAUGCCCAAAUAUCCAAAUUGAGUCUCAAAGGCAAUGUGAAGCUGAGUCAUUUAGAUGAGAAUGCAUUUGCAGGAAACUUGCUACUCCGCCAAUUAGAUCUGAGCUUCACAGCUAUCACAUCACUGCCGACAGCGGGGCUGGAGAAAUUACAGUCCCUCAAAAUAGAGAACACUCCAUCUCUGAAGUACAUACCCUCCAUUUACGAUUUGAGGCAUCUUGAGACUGCGGACCUGACGCACAGUUUCCACUGUUGCGCAUUCGCCUACCCGGAGCGCCAUGACCCGGCGAGACACAAGUUGCACGAGAUGCAAGUGGAACUCAUGACGCAGGCAUGUAAAACGGAACUGACGAAAUCACGCAAACGAAGGUCUUUGGCGCCAAUCCGGCCCAUCAGUUUAGAAUCACCGAGCAGAAAGACAAUAGGGCCCUAUGAUGACUCGAUAUCCUCGUCCGUUGAAGACUUUGGUACAACAAUACAGGGUGAUGCCGACAUGGAGUUCAUGUACUCCGACAGCAAUGAGGAGUUGGCUGACGAUGACAGCUUCCACGAGCUGGUGGAAGCUGACCUCUCCAAGGGCUACGUGGCCAUGUGUGGUAACUUUAGCGUCACAAGACCCGAUGUGAUCUGCAGGCCGAUGCCGAACGCCCUGAACCCUUGCGAAGACGUGAUGGGCUGGUCGUGGCUGCGGGCUAGCGUCUGGUUCGUGAUCACAGCUGCAGUAGUUGGCAACGUAGCCGUUCUCAUGGUCCUCCUUGCCAACCACGCCGAGAUCACAGUCCCCAGGUUCCUGAUGUGCCACCUGGCCUUCUCCGACUUGUGCACAGGGAUCUACCUCUUCAUGCUAGCUGUCGUCGACCUAAGAUCCUACGGAGUCUUCUUCAACUACGCUUACAAUUGGCAGUACGGCGUCGGAUGCAAGAUAGCCGGAUUCCUUUCAGUAUUCUCUGGACAGUUAUCAGUGUUUACGCUAACCAUAGUAACUUUGGAGCGGUGGUUCGCUAUCACGUACGCUAUUUACUUGGAGAGGCGAAUCUCUUUGGCGGCGGCGGCCAAGAUCAUGGUCGGGGGGUGGCUGUUCUCUUUUCUGAUGGCUGGAUUACCAUUGCUAGGAGUCUCGGAUUAUUCCUCGACGUCUAUCUGCUUGCCGGUCGAAAGUAAAGACAUUGGAGACGGUAUUUAUCAAGGAUCUCUGUUUUUGACUACUAUGGUCGCGUGGGUGAUUAUAGUCGUUUGCUACGUGCAGAUUUACAGGUCUUUGGGAGGGGGAGGAGAGAAGUACGGGGGGAGGGGGUCGGCGGCGGCCGCGGAGAGACGGAUAGCGAACAAAAUGGCGCUUCUAAUUGGCACUGACUUGUUGUGCUGGGCGCCGGUUGCAUUUUUCGGAGUGACGGCGUUAGUUGGAUGGCCGUUGGUGGACGUCAGUCACGGGAAAGUGUUGUUGGUCUUCUUCUAUCCACUAAACGCAUGCGCAAACCCGUUCUUAUACGCUAUACUGACGAAGCAAUAUAGAAGAGACUUUAUGACGCUGAUAGCAAGGACGGGACAGUGCAAUUGGUUGGUAGAGAAGUACAAGUUGGCCACGACCCCCCCUCCCACCGCCCACACCAACCCCUCAGCCCCCGCGGCAAUGAUGCCUUUAGUGGAUUACGAGAAUCAGUCGCGAGUCAGCAAAGUGAAUGGAGAAGCUGGAUUUUAGUCGUAGAUAUUUUUAAGAUUUAUAUAUUGUAUUUUUAAGAAUGACUCAUACCUCUAAUUAAAUACUUAAUAUUUAUUUA